GACAUUACGAUGAGAGAAAUUCUAAUCAAUAUCAAGUAAGACGUAAACAUGUUAUCGAUAUAACGGAAGAUAGGAUUCGUGAACAAUCUCGUUCUCCGCUUAGAUGUGAUAGUAGAGAAGAACGUUAUCAAACAUCAAGAUCACAUUAUCCCAUCGAGAUUUUGAUUCAAUGCGAGGAAGAGAAAGAGAGAAAUUUUUUUCAGAUCGUAAUGAUUUCAGCAACGAUGUACGAAGAGUUGCUAUUCGUAAACAUUCUCGAUCAUAUUCUCCUUCUGAAUACGAUCGUAAGGAACAACAGUUUCAUUUAUCAAGAUCACGUUCGCCACCUAGAGGUUUAAUGAGCGAAACCCCGAACGCUCCCGUUCUCGUCCUUAUUCUCCAAUUAGCAAUGAUCGUAAUGAAGAAUUUUAUUAUUCAUCAAAAUCACGAUCUCCCAACAGGAGAAUGAACCAAGAUUUUUCUUCUCAAGAUAUUAAUUUCAGAGAAGGACUAAGAAGAGAUACUAAACAUUUUGAGCAUUUAAGAGAAACUAAAGCUUCAACACAACCAAAACGUGAAAUACCUUCUUUACUUACAUUAGAUGUUUUUGGAAAUCAAACACCAGGAUCCCAGAAUAUCUUUCAAAAUCGCAAUAUUCCUUCACUCUUAUCUUUACCCGUACCAGAUUUAAUAAAUUUCCAACAACCGUCAACAUCUGCUAAAGCAAACCGCAUUAAACAGGAAUCAAAGUUUGACAACAGGGGAAGAACCCAACCAAUGAAAAGUAAGCCAACUACUUAUGUUCAAACUACGGGAGAAAAUUCAGGACUUAAGCAACACAUAGCAGAAGUUCCCAUCAUAGAAUCUGGCCUGAAGAAGCCAUCACCCGGCAAAUUAAAAUUUAAUCCACAAGAUUAUUGGUCACAAUGGUGGCCGACCUAUAAGUAUAUUGAAUAUUCAAUACCAAAAAUAAAUCCAAACGACAGUGAAAUAAAGGCAUGCAUCAAGUUCUUGUUUAAACCACCAACAAAUAAAUUUCGUCAUAGCAAGAAUUCACUUUUGAAUAAAGGAGUGAGAAUCAUUAUGAAAACAGUGGAUAUAAAUGAAACAAAUUAUUAUGUGCGUGACAUCUAUAAGUUAUUCAAAUUUAAAAAACAUUUAGAAGAUCCGAAUUUUCAAAAUCAUUUAACGCCGCAGGAAUUAAAUUGUAUCGCACCGGCAUUGAGACAAUUUCAAAUUAAAUCCACAAUGGCUUAUCUAUAUCAAGCUAUGAUUUGUAGAUGGCACAUUUCGCUGAAUAUAAUGAAGAAAGUUCAAGCUGGAGAACCGAUUCUCUCGAAUUAUGCUCGCAAUUUACUCAAUGACAAAUGUUUUCAUUAUUUAGUCAUGGAAGCUAUACGAGAAUUGAAGAAAAUGUGUCAACAAGAUUGGCCUCAAUUUGGAGAAUUUUAUAAAAAUAUUAAGGCGAAAAAAAUUAAUAUUUAUUCAAUGGGCGUGGGUCCCGGCAUGGAUGUAAAUAAUGUUAAUCCCAUUGAUAAAUAUAAUAAUGAAGACGAUUAUAUUAAUAUUUAUUAAGUGCUUACAUCUAACGUACAUACAUAAUUGCUUAAAUAAUAUAUGAAAAAACAAUGCAAAUUAUUUUAAAUUUAAAUGUAAUUUAUAGAAAUUUAAUUCAUACUAAAGCAGACUGACCACUUAAAAUUUGUCAUUUCCGAAUUUGGACUUGCAAUACAUAAACCACACACUAUGUAUUAUUAUUUAUUAAAAUCACAAAUGAUAAAUUUUUGUCCAAUUUUGCAUGAAUUCCUUUUAAAUAUGGUAAAUAUAUAUUAUGAAUGAAAACCACCCAACAAAA